AUGUCGUCAUCCAUCGAUUCUGCUCCCCGUGUGCCAUACGUCGUAGUGCCCGAAGCGUUGCGGACCGAGUACGGCUUUCUUGACACCUGCGCUCUUCAUUACUGCGCGCAAGUUGAACAUUUUGUGGUUUCGACGGGCAACGGAGGAGAGCGAGAGCCCGCAGUGUUGUUUAUUACAUGCGACAGCCUCUACAUUGGCGAUAACCAGGGAGGGAUUUAUCGGCGCGUGGAACUCAAGAAUAUUUGCUGCAUUUUGACCAACGUUGGUUUCUCUUCGUCUGAUAACCCCAGCAGUUCGCGGAGCCUGUUCACCGCGUUUGUACUCAGCAACCCACAGGAGCCAAGUGAUAUCGUUUUAGCCGGAAAAACGGGUUAUGCUGCCGCGGUGGUUGUUGAGCGGCUGCUGUCGUCAUGCGGGCAUCCCGUUCCGAUGCAGAGAUGCAUGACUGAUAGACAUGACCUUCUACCGGAGGGUGUUGUGCGGCUGCCACCACGUGGCAAGCCCAUCUUGACCUUGCAGGAGCAACAGGCCUUGCGCGACAGCAUUUCUCCCCGCAGUGGGGCGGCUAACACGGCGUUCCUGUCGUCUGCCAAUACAUUUGGGGAUCGCCUCGGGGCGACGCUUGCUCGCUUGGUGGAUGAACAGCGGAGCAGGACGACGGCCCCCGACACCGUCGCCGCCGAUGCUGUUCCCCCCGAUGUGUGGGUGCCAGUUGCCGUUAGACGUUGUUUUCCACCCUUCAACGAUGUGUCGCUAUUUUGGGGCGGGUCGGUGAGGUUCUAUGGCAAGACACUAAAGGAGUCUUCGGAGGCCACUCUCUUCAUCACCCCGGCGCAGGUUGUUGUGGUUCACGCACAGCAGCCGGUGCGUGUGCUGCCGUUGCAGGCCAUUUCGAAGGUUCUCGUUCACAGCAUCGACAGUGUGCGAAAGCAGCGUUUCACCUUUUUUGUUUCCAGCCUGAAGGACGCGGACAUCUGCAUUCAAACCGUUGGAAAGGAUAGCGACUUACUUCUUAAGCGGGUCCACAAUGCCAUUUGUGCUCUCGAUCCAACACGCGUACCUCCCAUUAAUCCCGUCGCAACCACCAAGGGGUUGAAGCUGCGUCUGAAGCCAAAGAAGGGGUAUAAAUUACCCACCAUCGCGAUGCCGCCAACUUCAGAGAAUGCACGAUACAGAAAUUUCGUUUUUGAACGUGUGAGGGAUAUUCUGCGAGCAUGUGAGCCAUUGAAACAAGAUACCGCCGCGGCGCUUACUGAGCAGUUCCUUGGAAGAGAGCUGGAGUUGCUCAGCCUUCUCUACAACACCUAUCCGGAGUAUGCCGUGCGUCAAGAGUUUUCUUCAGUGCCCGAGCAUCGUGAGAGAUUGUUGUUAUUUUGUGCAAAAUAUCUCCCCGACAGCGUUGGCAUCGUGGACGAUGUUCUUAACAGUUACAAGGGGCGUGAAGAGGAGCUCUUUCAUCAUCUUGUGAUGCGAUACGGCCCAGAGCCCCGUGAGAAAACAGUAGGAUUGGAAAGGUAUAAAACAACCCUGUCGCCGGAGGAAAUUAGGAGGACGUUAGUGAAUUUCUAUCGUCACUAUGAACCAAAGAAGAUUGCAGAUGUGGACGCGAUUAUGGCGCUCUACCAGGACCGUGAACAGCUGCUCUUUGAAAGACUCACACAACUCUACGGACCAAUGCCGCUUGACCAGGAUUCUUCUGCGUUGUCCGUGCAACCAAAUUUGCUGCUCUCUCCACGGGACGCCUCCCACGUGUCUUCAUCACCGCCACUGCCAAAUGAGGAUGAAACGGCGGAUCGACCUUCGUGGCGUCAGAGACUAGAGGCUUUUCUUGCACGCUACAUACCAGAACGCAGCGGGGAUGCAGACAUGUUGCUUCAGAAAUACGCUGGACAGGAAGACGCUCUCCUCUGUGGGCUUGAGAAGAAAUACGGCCCCGAACCGGUGCCUGUCACACGACGCAAUCGUGCGAGGGUUUCUGCUUUUUUUCUGCGUGCGGGUCUGCCAGAGCCUGACGAGGCGCAGAUUGACGAGACUAUCCGCUCCUUCCAUGGGAGUGAGGAGGACUUUUUCCUUUACCUAGAGCAACGUUACGGCGCGGAGAGUCCGCUGCAGUUUCCAAGGGAGGCAGAAGAAAUCACUGCGGUGGAGUUUGCAAAGGUGGAUCUUCUGACAGAAGUUCCCUUUGUGGAAGUGCCCGAGUCCCUGCAGUGUCUCUUUCCUAGUUUCCGUGGAAGAGCCGCGCUUUUUUGGUUUGGCCGCGUCCUUCACUGGGAGCAACCGGCACCGCCGACACUGCGCUGUGCCUACCUCACAUCCUCGCACAUUUAUGUGGGGAAUUCUGAGGCCGACACCGUGCGGUGUACCGCGUUAGAACGGGUAGAAGCAGUGUACAUGAAUUCGAAACGCGAACGUCGUGAAAUGCCCCCGAGCAUGAUUAUGUGUGUGCAUGAGGAGCACGAUCUCUUUUUUGCCUUUGCGUCAGAUGAAGAGGGGCAUCAACUCCUGUCAGUUCUUACAAGCACACUCACACAGUAUCAUUUUGGCCGCCAGUGUCGUGUAUUUGCGUGCGCCAACUUCACUGAUUUUGGCAUUCAGGUCAACUGCGCGCGUCCACCGACGUACAUCAACCAUGUUGUGGCCGUCUUGCAGCGACCCCGAACCAACGCGUCUUUGCGCAUCAGCCAGAAAAACAAUGAGGCCGCCAGUAGUGAUAUUGACGGUGAUGAUAUCCAUGUUCACCGCCUGCUGAAGCAAAAAGAAUGCGAAUUGCGUAGUGGGCUUCACGACGCUCUUAUCCUAAAAGAUGACGGCCAUCAGAAUGUGGAGCUGCAGAGGGAUGCCGUUCUCGUUAACCAGCGAUGGGCUGCCAUUCGCCAGUUAGCGACGAAAGAGAGGAAGAUGUUUGGUACUGUGCCCCCGCGACCCAGCGCUGGAAGCGUUAUCCUCAGUAACGCCCGUUCAACAAUGAAUCGCACAAAUUCUCCGCCGCACUCGUUUCAGGCAGUCGCCAAUGUGCCGUCGCAUAUAAUUAAGGCCAAUCCAUUGCAGCGGGCGCAGUACGGGAGAUUUUCUCCGAAUGGCACUUACGGCCUGGGUGUGAAGGCCCGUCUAUACGGUGGCAUUGAGGGCGCCGUGAAAAAUGUUUCAGAGGCAUCGGAGGGCAAAUUCACACGGUUAUUGAUGUACUCCAACGAGAGGUCUGCUGCAGGCUCAGUUCAUAACGUCUCCUACCGGCCUUCCAUCACCAGGGGAGUUGGCGGUCUGGAUGAGUAA